AUGGACGCACUGUUUGUGCCUCUGGCCUCGCUGGUGGGCGCGUCGGUCGAUCAGGUUAAACUUAUUUUAUGUCUAUUAAGUGCCUACCCAUUGGGUAGCGUAUUCAUUCGCAUUCGUUCAAAACCGGCGAAACAUGCCUUCAACAUUGCCAUCACACUGUUCUACUUGUUCCCAGUCCUUCAUUUGUACUGGGGCUUUGUCCAGUUGCUGGGGGACAUCCUGGCGACGUAUUUCGUGGCGCGCAAUGUUCGAGGACCUAUGAUGCCGUGGAUUGUUUUUACUCUCGUAAUGGGACAUCUCUUGAUUAACCACAUUAUCCGCGCAAUGAAUGGCAUGAGCUACGAGACAGUCGAAAUCAGUGGUGCCCAGAUGGUCCUAACCAUGAAACUUACGACGUUUGCGUGGAAUGUUUGGGAUGGUAAUCGACCGACAGAGGAUCUGGACAAAUGGCAAUUAGCUAACCGUGUCUCCAAAUUCCCCAAUCUCCUCGAGUUCUUUGGUUAUGCUUUCUACUUCCCCGGUUUCCUUGUCGGACCGUACUUAGUCUUCACUGACUACAUGGCAUUGAUUGACGAGUCCCUCUUCAAAGACGCUCAGGGCAAGACCAAGCCUGGUCUUCCGGUCCCAGAAGGGCGCAAGCGCGUCGCCUAUCGCAAGAUGGUGACAGGCCUAGCAUUCUUAGGACUUUUCGUCUUCUUCAGCGGGAAAUACAACUUCGCUAUCUCACUCGAACCAUGGUUUGUUGAGCAAAGUCUUCCUUACCGAAUCGCUUUCUACCAAAUCUGCGGCUUCUUUGAAAGAUCAAAGUACUACGCUCUAUGGAUUCUUACCGAGGGUGCCAGCAUUCUUACUGGUCUAGGCUUCAGUGGCUUCAGCGCGUCAGGAAGCUCGCUAUGGGAGGGUGCUGCGAAUGUCGACGUGCUCUCCAUUGAGUUCGCCCCCAGUAUCAAGGUCCUUCUGGAUUCGUGGAACAUGAAGACGAACGUUUGGCUUCGUGAAUGCCUGUACAAGCGCGUUACGCCCAAGGGCAAGAAAGCGGGAUUCCGUAGCAGUAUGCUCACCUUCCUCACCAGCGCUGUUUGGCACGGUGUUUCAGGCGGUUAUUAUUUGGCCUUCGUUUACGCUGGUUUCGUUACUACUGCAUCCCGGCUCGCGCGCUCAAACAUCAGAACGCUCCUUCUUUCGCCUGAAGGCCAGCCACCUACUCUUGCCAAGCGUUUGUACGAUCUCGGAGGCAUCUUCCUGUCCAUGCUCAUCAUCAACUACGCCGCAACACCCUUCAUGUUGCUCGAUGUCAGGAAGUCUCUCGCUGCUUGGAGCAACUUGGGUUGGUAUGGCCAUGUCAUUGUCGGAGGCGCCUUGCUGUUCUUUUACGGUGGUGGAACACACUUCCUCAGACGCUUCCAACCACCGAAGCCCAAGGCGAAGCCAAGCAGCUCAGGAACGGCCACUCCGUUGGAGAACUUCACGACACCACCCAGCUUCGACAAGCUCAUCCCUCCCCAAAAUUAG